GGUCCUUGUGGGACUAAAAGUUUGAGUUUUUCGAAAAAACAGCUAACAGGUGUACAUUAAAAACGAAGAAAAAGAAAAUGGGUAUUGCAUUUAGAGAUUUAGAUAAAAAAUCAAUAGACGAUAGUGAUACUGAUUUCAGUGAUGAAAGUGGGGAAAUUGAUGGUUUUGAUGGUAUGGAAACUGACGAUAAUGAAGAAGGCGAGACCUCAAAUAUGGAACAAGCAGAAAAUGAAACAAUCGGAUCUAAUAGUGAGUUAGAUCAAAGUGAUGAUGAAGAGGAUGAAGUGAUCAAAGCUAUCAAAGCAGAGAAAUCUAAACCAAGGGAUCAUCCUCCUGCAAUAACCUGUGAAGAUUUUAUUGUUGAUAUAUCUUUUAGCCCAUCUAACAAUUUAAUCGCUUUAGCAAACAUAAUGGGUGAUGUAUUAUUGUAUGAAUAUAAUAAUGAUGAAAACAAAUUGUUGAACACUUUGGAAUUACAUGUUAAGGCUUGUAGAGAUGUAGAAUUCAAUGAAGGUGGUGAUAUUCUUUUUACAGCAGGAAAAGACAAAGCAAUUAUUGCUACUGAUGUAGAAACUGGAAAAUUAAAAUGUUGUUAUGAAAAUGCGCAUGAAGAACCAGUUUACAAAUUGGUAUGUUUAGAAAACAACAAAUUUGUAACAGGUGAUGAUGGAGGAACUGUUAAACUGUGGGAUCUCAGGAAACCUGAUCCAUGUAUGAGCAUAAAAAUUGGUGAUGAACAUGUUUCCGACAUGAUAACAAAUGAAUCUGAAAAAUAUUUAGUUUGCGCAGGUGGUGACGGAGUUCUAACAUCUAUAGAUUUAAAAGGCAGUAAAAUAUACACAACCUCAGAAGACUAUGAUUCAGAACUAACAUGUAUGGGACUUUUCCGCUCAGAAACUAAAUUAUUGGUAGGAUCAUCAAAAGGAAAACUCUACCUUUUUAAUUGGAAAGAAUUUGGUCUGCACAGUGAUGAGUAUGUGGGACAGAAACAUUCACUACAAUGUAUGGUUCCGGUUACACAAAAUAUUGUUGUGACAUCUGGAGAAGAUGGAAUUUUAAGAGCAGCACAUAUGUUUCCUCAAAGACAAUUGGGAAUAGUCGGCCAACACAGCUUGCCUGUCGAAUGCCUGGAUAUAAGUCACGAUGGACAGUACAUAGCAUCUUGUUCUCACAAUAAUGAUGUGAAAUUUUGGAAUAUUUCUUACUUUGAAACAAUUGAUUCGCUCAUUGAUGUAAAUCAUAAACAAAAUAAGAAAAAGGAUAUGAGCAACAAUCUACCUUCAAGUAGCGUAAAAAAUGCUUCGGAUUUUUUUUCGGGUCUUAUGUAAUUUUUUUUUGUAAAA